CGCGUGCGCAUGCGCAGUUCGUCGCGGCGGGUGCUCUUUUGCUCCAGUCGGCGUCACCCGGUGUCCCGCGCCUCCUCCUCCACCUCGUCCACGUCGUCGUCCUCGUCGUCGUCCUCACUCCUCCACGUCUCUCCGCGUGUCCGCGACAGCGCAGCCGUGCACCGCGAUGCCGCAGCCCAAGUACCGCAAGAUCGCCGUGCUCGGCUACCGCUCCGUCGGAAAGUCAUCUCUCACCAUCCAGUUUGUCGAGGGUCAGUUUGUGGACUCCUAUGACCCCACCAUUGAAAACACAUUCACGAAGAAUCUCACUGUGAAUGGACAGGAGUUUAACCUCAAACUGGUGGACACGGCUGGUCAGGAUGAGUACUCCAUGUUCCCUCAAACCUACUCCAUGGACAUUCACGGCUACGUGCUGGUCUACUCUGUGACGUCCAUCAAGAGUUUUGAGGUGGUGAGGGUGAUCCAUGACAAGCUGCUGGAUAUGGUUGGGAAAGUGCAUGUGCCCCUGGUGUUGGUGGGGAAUAAGAAAGACCUGCAUAUGGAGAGAGUGAUCAGUUGUGAGGAAGGCAAAACUCUGGCGACCUCAUGGAAUGCAGCUUUUAUGGAGUCCACUGCUAAAGAGCAUCAGACGGUGGUGGAGGUGUUUAAGUGGAUGAUCCAGGAGAUUGAGCGGGCAGAUGGCAGUGCUCACCCAGAAAAGACCUCCUGCUUCCUCAUGUGAUGAACUACUGCACCUGUCCCUCCUGCCAAUUAGUUACAAUGCUUUGGCUAAUUGUAUGUUAUGUUCAUUCAUUUGAUCUUUGCUUUGUGCCCACAUAGAGAAGUUUGCAUUGAGAAGUUGUCUUGAAUUAUGGGUGUGUGCUGUGUGACUCUCAGGUGCAGUUCUCUACUCUAGAAUUAUAUCUAGUAAUGCUAACGUUGUGCCUUUGAAAUUGCUAAACGAGAUCCACUCCUUUUUUCAGUGGUACAUCCCAAAGGGUCUGCAUACUCUUUGUUGGGCCCCUUGCAUGCUGUGCACUCACCACCAUGGCCAGUGAAAAUCUGCAGAAACAUGUAGCCUCAUUUCAGAUUUCCUAAAGCUUUUGGAGUAAUUUUUGAAUUUAAGCAAUAAAUAACUAUGCGUGUGCGGUUUACAUGAAAUGUACAAAGGUGCUCUUUCUUAUAGCAAAUAAUGAAUGUUUCGUGAAGAAAAUAUAACAUUUUCCAGGAUUCCUAUAGCCCUGCUGGUCACACAGACGUUUCCCACGGAUGGCUUGUCUGUUUCACCUUUAGGUGAAUAGAACUGUUUGCCUUAUUUGAAAACUGUCUUUUCAAGAAGCAUUUUGACCUGUUGGUUUCAUAUUGUGUCACAAUUGAGUUUGGAUACUGCUAAGAAAUAAAUUAUUCGCCCUUCAUUGUAGACAAUGACAUGCAUUGUGUUGCUCUGCCGAGAUUCAUUUAACUAAUCUUAUUAACUACAUCAUAAUCCCCUUCUUUACCAGACAUUUGUGUAGCGUGUAAAGUUGUACAUGACUUCCGUCCAGUGAGAAUACUGCUCGGAUGGUAGUGCAGGUUUCGUCUUGUGAUAAGAUUUGACUUCAGAAAUUAUGCUGUGAUGAAAAUGCCUUAACAUGUUGGUUUUGAAAAAGGCGUGAUGCAUUGCAGCUCUUGCUUAUGCUUGCUUUAGUUGAUGGACAUGCAGAGCAAUCGAGCACGAGAGCGUUGGGCAUCUUUUGUUUUAAACAUGGUUCUAACAUUACUUUCUGAACAAAUGCGCUUCGUGAGAUGUGAUGCUGCACAUUUGAAUUCUGAUGUAUGAUCAGUGUAUGCAGAGCUUUGUGCUUUGGUUAUGGAAUUUAUGGAGAUAAACCAUCAUGCACUUCUACAUCGGCAUGAACACAGACGUUGAAAAAAUAUAUUUUUAGACGUGUAUAAUGAAUAUACAUGUGUAUUGUGUAUAAUUCCAAUAUAUCCUGAAAAUAAUAUAUGUGUGUGUCACAUGUAUGCUUAUAGUAUGUUCAUUUAGUACAUAGGCCCAAACACAUUUUUUUUUAUCAUAUGCAGGUUAGCUAGUGGCAAGCCUGGGGACAGCAUUUUUACAUCACUUUUUCGAAAUGUCUAUACCUUUUUCAGAUGUAUUUAAAAAGAGGGAAAUGAACAUUAAUUAUACAAUAAAACAACAUACUGUAUGGUUAACAAUUUAUUGUAAAUAAAUGUUAUCAUAUUUCUGCA